AUGAAGGAGAUAACUCAUGGUGCCUGCAACUAUCCCCUAAAACCCGUUCGCAUCGAGGAGCUUAGGAAUAUCUGGCAGCAUGUUGUUUGGUCCGUUGAACUACAUGGAAAAUUUAUCUCUGCUGUCAACCAUCUUGGAAUUGACAAUAAGAACUUACCAGUACCUUCCUUCUCUGUAGCUACUUUUUUCUGGAGUAAUUUUGUUGCUCACUAUUCUUUCAUGUUUAUGCAGAAGGUGUGCCGAAAAGGAUACUUGAGCUCACGAAUGCUGAGAAACUCAUUAGGAAAAAUGUUGCAAGUCGUCUGUAGGAUCACUUUAUAUCAUGUUGAACCACCUUGGAAUUCGUAG